CUUGUGGGUGAAAACGCACUGACUUGGUUUGGCGUUUCGCGCAAUACCGCAACUGGGACAGCGGGAGCCGACGCCGCGACAUUUGAAUUAAUACAGCGGAAGAGAAAUGGAGGAACCAUAGAACAUUAAGGAUGAAUUCAGGAAGGCCUGAGACCAUGGAAAACUUGCCUGCUCUCUACACUAUUUUCCAAGGAGAGGUUGCUAUGGUGACAGACUAUGGAGCCUUUAUCAAAAUCCCAGGCUGUCGGAAGCAAGGUCUGGUCCAUCGAACUCAUAUGUCAUCCUGUCGGGUGGAUAAGCCCUCUGAGAUAGUAGAUGUCGGAGACAAAGUGUGGGUGAAGCUUAUUGGCCGAGAGAUGAAAAAUGAUAGAAUAAAAGUAUCCCUCUCCAUGAAAGUUGUCAACCAAGGGACUGGGAAAGACCUCGAUCCAAACAACGUUAUCAUCGAGCAAGAAGAGAGGCGGAGGCGGUCCUUCCAGGAUUACACUGGGCAGAAGAUCACCCUCGAGGCUGUCCUGAACACUACCUGCAAGAAGUGUGGCUGUAAAGGCCACUUUGCAAAAGAUUGUUUCAUGCAACCAGGUGGGACCAAAUACUCUCUGAUACCUGAUGAGGAAGAGGAGAAGGAAGAGGCAAAGUCAGCAGAAUUUGAGAAGCCUGACCCCACGAGGAAUUCUAGAAAAAGAAAGAAGGAAAAGAAGAAAAAGAAACAUAGAGACAAGAAGUCAUCUGACUCUGACAGCUCAGACUCUGAAAGUGAUACAGGCAAGAGAGCAAGGCAUGCAUCAAAAGACAGCAAGGCAGCAAAGAAGAAGAAAAAGAAGAAGAAGCACAAGAAGAAGCAUAAGGAGUGAGAGUAGAAGGAGUGGAGGGGGUGGUUGAGAGUAGGGAACCAGGAACCUUGUGCCUUGAAGUCUUGGUUUCUGGAACGACUUAAUAGGGAGAAUAUGACCUCCCACCCCAUUACUUUGCUCCCAUGGGAGAUGGCUUCUCCUUAUGCAACAGGCAGGUUUGGAAGUUAGAGUUCAAAA